UUUUUUCUUUGGAGCAGGAGCACCGCGUCUCAAUUCAAAUUUCUACCGGGGGGGAUUGCGCAGUCUUCAGCAUUUUGCAGGCUUCUCAUAGCGUGGAAUCGGUACUAAAGGAAUGGCUCUACGUCGGAAAGACUCUGUGCUCUGUCCCGUGGCUGUGCUGAGUGACUAAGCAGAGCUUCUACAAGCCAUGGAGGAAAUGGACAGUAAACCCUACCAACCUUUAUCUAAGGGGCGCCAUGAGAUGGAGAUGUCCUACACCAGCUCGUCUGAUGAAAGCGAGGAUGGCCGCGCCCACCACCGCUCUUACACCUCACGCGAAACCCUCCCCGACUACACACACGAGCUGCGCCUCACCCUCGGAUCUCACCGGGAAAGACAGAACAACUACAGCCAACCCCAACCAGAUUUAGAUUUCUGCAAGGCCGGGCAGAUGAGAAGCCCAGACUACCACAUCCACCCACAGCAGCAGCAGCAGCAGCAGCAUCAGGAGGAGGAGGAGGAAGCGCUGUGCUCCGGACCGGCCGCUCACGUUCACAGCCGCUACUCCCUGGGCGUGGGCUCCGACGUGGACACGGAGCCGGAGGUAGACCCCUCUCCGAAUCACGGCCUGCAGCACAUGUGGUUGCGCGGUCUGAAGUCCGAGCAGAGCUCCUGCCUGACGAGCCGCGCCAACUCCGCCCUGUCUCUCACCGACACCGAGCAUGACAGGAAGUCCGAGCCUGACAAUGAGCUGCCCAACAGUCCAGGUGGUCAGUUCACAUUUCGCCCGCUGCCCCCGCCUCCACCCCCGCCCCACGCCUGCACUUGUGCCCGCCCGGCGCCAUACACUCAAGUCAGCCUGCAGAGGAAGACCAUGCCGACGCGCUGCCAGGCCAGUCAGGGUGGCCAGGGGGCAGACACAAGCUCGGGCACAGAUCAGGCACAGCUUCACAACAGCUGGGUGCUCAACAGCAACAUUCCCCUAGAGACCAGACACUUCCUGUUCAAGCAGGGCUCUGGUUCUUCAGCUCUACUGUCCGGGGCGGGGCAGGGUUACCCCCUGACCUCUGGGACUGUGUACUCCCCCCCACCCAGGCCCCUCCCUCGCAGCAGCGUGACCAGACCACUGUUUACCUUCAACAAGCCUCACCGCUGCUGCAACUGGAAGUGCACAGCCCUGUCUGCGUCGCUCCUCACCCUCACCCUGGCCCUGCUGCUCACAUACGUCAUCGCGGUCCACCUGUUAGGUCUGACCUGGCAUCUGCGGCACGGCGAGAGCCAGCUGUAUGAGAACGGCGUGAGCUCGGCGGAUCAUCAACAGGAGGACCGCAGCAAAACCCGACCCACCAGCUCCAUCCACCUGCUGGACACACUCAACCCCGAGAACGCUCACGCAGGAGACAGAGAGAAAUGGGUGCGAGGCCGGGCCAUCGACCGUGGCGAGGUCGACGUCGGAACCAUGCAGAGCCAGGCGAUCCCACCGGGACUUUUCUGGAGAUUUCAUAUGACGGUGCACCAUCCGACCUACAUCAAGUUCAACCUGUCCCUCUCCCACAAUGCACUGCUGGGGGUCUACGGACGCAGGAACAUACCGCCUACACACACUCAGUUCGACUUUGUGAAGCUGUUGGACGGGAAGGCACUGCCCAGGUCUUUGACUGAUCCCUUCCUGACUGCCAAAGCUCCCAAAGGCCUGCUGCUGAGCGGCCUCCAAGAAACGGGCUUCAUAGAGUACAUGGACCCCGGCACCUGGCACCUGGCGCUCUACAACGACGGACGCAACCUGGAGCAAGUGUUGCUGCACAGCACUCCCAUAGACUCGAUGGAUGGCUGCUCAACAGACUGUAAUGGAAACGGAGAGUGCGUGGCCGGACACUGUCACUGCUUCGCUGGAUUCCUGGGUCCAGACUGUGCCAAAGAUUCGUGCCCGGUGUUGUGCAGCGGUAACGGCGUGUACGAGAAAGGAAGGUGUGUGUGCCUGGCGGGGUGGAAGGGGGCGGAGUGUAAUGUGGAGGAAGGUCAGUGCAUUGACCCCACCUGCUCCAACCACGGCUCCUGCAUCCAGGGAAUCUGCAUCUGUAGCCCCGCCUACAAGGGGGUUAACUGUGAACAAGUGGACUGCGCGGACCCUCAAUGUGGCGGUCAUGGCGUGUGCGUGCGGGGCGAGUGCGUUUGCUCGGCGGGCUGGGCAGGAGUGAGCUGUGAUGACCCGCUGCCAGCCUGUCAGGAGCAGUGCUCGGGACAUGGCACCUAUCUCCCCGAGUCAGACACCUGCGCCUGCCAGCCAAACUGGACGGGACCUGACUGCUACAACGAGCUGUGCCCGGUGCCAUGUGGCAGCCAUGGCGUUUGCUCGGAGGGCCAGUGCCAGUGCGAGGAGGGUUGGAUCGGCGCUGCGUGCGACCAGAGAGCGUGCCAUCCCCGCUGUGAGGAACACGGCCAGUGCCACGACGGGACCUGCAUCUGCCAGCCGGGCUGGGAGGGAGAGCACUGCAACAUCGUUACUCAUGAUUUGGACGUUGUUGUGAAAGACGGUUGCCCGGGGUUGUGCAGCGGGCACGGGCGCUGCACCCUGGAGCAGAGCGGCUGGCGCUGCGUCUGCCAGGCGGGAUGGAGUGGGCCCGGAUGCAGCGUUGUCAUGGAAACUGACUGCAGUGAUGGAACAGACAACGACGGAGAUGGCCUCAUGGACUGCGUGGACCCGGAUUGUUGCGAGCAGCUGAGUUGCGGCUCCGACCCACUGUGCCACGGCUCCACGGACCCCUUGGCCCUGCUACAGCAGAGCCCACUGACCGCCACCGCGCCCCCCUCGCCCGUCGGUACACACACCCACAGCUUUUACCGUCGCAUACGCUUCCUUCUCGGCAAAUCGGCCACACACACUCUCCCCGGUGACGUGCCCUUUGAUACCAGUCGGGUAGCUGUGAUUCGAGGCAGUGUGGCAUUGCAGGACGGCUCUUCUCUGGUCGGCGUCAACAUCACCUUCCCGCAGCAUCCAGAGUAUGGUUACACAAUCAGCAGGCAGGAUGGGAGUUUUGACCUGGUGACCUUGGGCGCCAUGUCCAUGACCCUGAUGUUCCAGCGUCCACCCUUCCUGCCACAAACACGCACCAUAUGGACGCCAAACAACAACUUCCUGGUUCUGGAUCAGGUGACCAUGUCCAGGGAGGAAGCUCCGCUUUCCAAAUGUGACAUCAGGAGCGUUUUGAGUCCCUACCCGCUGGUGCUGCCAUACCCGCUUCCCAGAUACAUGGGAGCAUGUGCAGAGAAGGGGCCCGCAGUACCUGAGCUACAGGCGGUGCAGGAAGAAGUUUCGAUCCCCGGGGCCUUUUUGAAGCUGAACUAUUUGAGCACCCGCGCCGCAGGCUACCUCUCGCUGCUGAGAAUCCUCCUCACCCCGCCCUCCCUGUUGUCCCCCAUCUCCCCGCUGGGCGGUCUGUCUAAGGUGCAUGUCCGCGCCUCAGUCCAGGGGAGGUUGUACCAGCGCUGGUAUCCCGCGGGGCCCGGCCUGGUCCACAGGCUGGUGUGGAACAAGACUGACGUUUAUGGACAGGAAGUGUGGGGCCUCACUCAUGCUACUGUAUCCGUCGGCUACGAGUAUGAGUCAUGUCCGGGCAUCAUCCAAUGGGAGAGGAGGACUGCUCUGAUGCAGGGAUUUGAACUGGUCCCCUCAAACCUCGGGGGCUGGUCUCUGGACAAACACCACGCCCUCAACAUACGCAGUGGAAUCCUCCACAAGGGAAACGGCGAGAACGUCUUCCUCUCGCAGCAGCCUCCUGUCAUCGGUACCGUGAUGGGGAACGGCUUUUACCGGAGCGUCCCCUGCAGCCCGAGCUGUAGCGGCGCCGCCCGGGACAUGAUGCUGUUCGCCCCCGUGGCUCUGGCCAGCGGCCCCGACGGCUCCCUCUACGUGGGGGACUUCAACUUCAUCCGCAGGGUCCACCCCGACGGAUACACCAGGACCAUACUGGAACUGAAGAACCGGGACACCAGACACAGCACCAGCCCUGCUCAUAAGUAUUACCUGGCCAUGGAUCCGAUGGGGGAGGUUCUUUACGUGUCGGACACGAGCAGCCGCAGAGUGUACCGGGUCAGGAACCUGGGGCAGCCAAAAGACCCCUCUCGUAACCUGGAGGUGGUGGCCGGGACAGGGGAGCAGUGUCUACCUUUUGACCAGAGCCACUGUGGAGAGGGCAGGAAGGCCGCUGACGCUGCACUCAAUAACCCUCGAGGUAUUGCAGUGGAUAAAAGAGGUGUUGUCUACUUCGUAGAUGGCACCACCAUUCAGAAGAUUAAUGAGAGGGGUUUGCUCUCCACCGUGAUUGGCUCAAACGGACUGAUGUCGACGCAGCCGCUCAGCUGUGAUGCACGCAUGGACAUCAGCCAGGUGCGUCUGGAGUGGCCGACAGACCUCGCCAUUAACCCGCUGGACAACUCCCUCUACAUCCUGGACAACAACAUCGUCCUGCAGGUAUCAGAAAAUCUCCAGGUGCGUAUUGUGGCGGGCCGCCCCAUCCACUGUCAAGUUCCCGGUAUCGACCACCACCUGGUGAGAUGGGCAGCGGUGCGCGCGACCCUGGAGGCAGCCAAGGCCAUCGCCCUGUCCCACCUCGGCACGCUGUACAUCGCUGAGACCGACGAGAGGCGCAUCAACCGCAUCCAACAGGUGUCAACCAACGGGGAGAUAUCGAUUAUCUCUGGAGCCCCGACGGACUGUGACUGUAAGAUAGACCCCAACUGUGACUGCUUCUCUGGAGAUGGAGGCUACGCACGUGAUGCUCGUCUCAAAGCACCUUCCUCUCUGGCCGUGGCCCCAAACGGCACCCUGUAUAUUGCUAGUAAAGGUAACAUUAAAGGUGCAACCCGACCCUGACGACUGCGCAUCUCUUCUUUGUCCCGACAGAACGGUUCCCACAUGCACACCAAACACCUGAUCACCGGCCACUACCUGUACAACUUCUCUUACGGCAUGGACGGCCAACUGUCGGGGCUGACGAACCGCGACGGCCACGGGCUGCAGGUGCGGAGGGACGCUCACGGAGUGCCACUCUGGCUGGCCCUACCUGGAGGACAGGUGUACUGGCUGUCUCUUAGCAACAGUGGAACACUGCGGAAGGUGUCAGCCCAAGGCCAUGACAUCGCCCACAUCACUUACCAUGGCAACACCGGUCUCCUAGCAACCAAGAGUGAUGAAAACAGUUGGACCACUGUUUAUGAGUACAACAGCGAAGGUCGCUUGACCAACAUUACCCUCCCCACCGGCGAGGUGAGUGGUUUCCAUGGUAACCUCGAACGCUGGUCUCGGGUGGAGGUCGAGGCGUCUAACCGGGAGAACUUUGUCACCAGUACCAACCUGUCUGCCAGCGACACCAUCUACACAUUCAGACAAGAUCAUGCUCAGAGUUCAUACAGAGUCAGUGCCGACGGGUCCUUCCUGGUGACCCUAGCCAGCGGGAUGGAGCUGUCACUCAUCACGGAGCCCCUCCUCCCUGGAGGAGCAGGGGGCGGAGUCAGUCCAACGGCCAGCCGCUGUAACAUCAGCCUGCCCGGAGACCAUGCCCCCAGCCUGAUUGAGUGGAGGCAGAGGAAGGAGCAGAGCAAGACCAACUACAGCACUUACGAACGCAGGCUCAGGGCUCAUAACAGGAACCUGCUGUCUAUAGACUUUGAUCAGAACACAAGAGUGGGAAAGAUCUAUGACGACCACAGGAAAUUCACCCUCCACAUACAGUAUGACUCGCUGGGGCGGCCCGUGGUCUGGUCCCCCAGCAGCAAAUACACUGAGGUGAACAUCAGCUACUCGGGCGGAGGGCUGCUGUCAUCCAUUCACCGCGGAGACUGGUCUGAGCGGCUGGAGUACGAAAACGAAAGAGUGGUGUCAAGAGCCUGGGUCAACGGCAAGAUCUGGAGCUACACAUACGCAGACAAAUCCAUUAUGCUGUUGCUGCACAGCCAGCGGCGUUACGUCUUCGAGUACGACCAAACAGACCGUCUGGUGGCCGUGACGAUGCCCAGCAUGGUGAAGCACACCCUGCAGUCGCUCCUUUCCAUCGGCUACUACAGGAACAUAUACACUCCUCCCGACAGCCAGGCCUCCUUCAUGCAGGACUACACCCUGGACGGGCGGCUGCUGAGGACUCAGUACCUGGGAACAGGACGCAGUGUAAUCUACAGAUAUACACCUGCAGCGCGGCUGGCGGAGGUGGUUUAUGACUCCACCCUGGUGACCUUUACUUACGACGAGUCCUCCGGCACUGUCAAAACCAUUCAUCUCACCCAUAACGGCUUUGUCAGCUCAAUACGCUACAGACAGACCGGUCCCUUAACAAGUCGACAGAUCUUCCGCUUUAGCGAAGAAGGCUUGGUCAACGCCAGGUUUGACUAUAGCUACAACAACUUCAGAGUGACUAGCAUGCAGGCCGUCAUCAAUGAGACCCCCCUUCCCAUCGAUCUGUACCGCUACGUAGACGUAUCGGGACGGGUGGAACAGUUUGGCAAAUUUAGUGUCAUCUUUUACGACCUCAACCAGGUGAUCACUACGCAUUUGAUGAAGCACACCAAGGUAUUCAACUCCUACGGCCAGGUAGUCGAAGUCCAGUACGAGAUCCUUAAAUCUAUUGCCUACUGGAUGACCAUCCAGUAUGACUCUGCGGGCCGCACGACGACCUGUGACAUCAGGGUGGGAGUGGACAACAAUGUGACGCGCUACACCUACGAGUACGACGCGGACAGCCAGCUGCAAAGUGCCUCUGUUAACGAGCGGCCUCAGUGGCGCUACAGCUACGACCUCAACGGGAACAUCAACCUGCUCAGCCACGGCACCAGCGCUAGACUGACACCGCUGCGUUACGACCAGAGGGACCGCAUCACACACCUCGGAGAGUUACAGUACAGCGUGGACGACGAUGGCUUCCUCCGCCAGCGAGCCAACGAUCUGUUUGACUACAACUCCAAUGGCCUGCUGACGCGUGUCUUCAACCGAGUGACGGAGCGCACCGUGUGGUACCGCUACGAUGGGCUGGGGCGGCGCGUGGCCACCAAGAGCAGCGGCGGCGAGCAGCUGCAGUUCUUCUACGCCGACCUGUCGCACCCCACCAGGGUGAGCCACCUGUACAACCACAGCAGUAACCUGAUCACGUCGCUGUACUACGACCUGCAGGGCCAUCUCAUCGCCAUGGAGCUGAGCAGCGGCGAGGAGUACUACGUCGCCUGUGACAGCGUGGGGACCCCCAGGGCAGUUUUCUCAAACAAGGGCCGACUAGUGAAGGAGAUCCUGUACACCCCAUACGGAGAGGUCUACCAGGACACCAACCCCGACUUCCAGCUCGUCAUCGGAUUCCACGGUGGCUUGUACGAUCCUCUCACACGGCUAGUCCAUCUGGGGAGGCGGGACUACGACACGCUAGCAGGGCGAUGGACCUCACCCAAUCACGAACUGUGGGGGGAGCUGAGCAAAGAGCCGAAGCCAUGCAACGUGUACGCCUUUAAGAACAACUGCCCAGUCGGAAGAGUGGAGGAGGUGACGGAGUUUACUACAGACAUUGGUAGCUGGCUGCAGCUAUUUGGUUUCCAGCUUCAUAAUGUUGUCCCUGGCUUUCCGAAGCCUGAAGUGGGCAGAAUGGAACAAACAUACGAACUGAUGAAGACCCAGACCAAGACGCAGGACUGGGAUUCCAGCAAGGUGGUGUUGGGGAUCCAGUGUGAGCUGCGCCGACAGCUGAGGAGCUUCAUCUCCCUGCAAAGGCUGCCUCUGGUCUCGGAGCCCGUAGGCUCCUCCUGCCACAGACCCACUCGCCCUCCCCCCUUUGGCUCACGGCCCUCUCUUCUCGGACCCAGCAUCCGCUUUGCCGUCUCCCACGGCCGUGUCAGCGCUGAAGUCAUCGGCGUCGCCAGCGAGGACAGCCGUCGCGUGGCCGCCAUUUUAAACGGCGCUGUCCACCUGAGUGGGCUGAGCUUCACCGUGCAUGGCUGCGACACCCACCACUUCCUGCAGUCUCGGCCCAUCGAGGAAGACCUCGCUCUGGGGUUGGGCGUCGGCGGGCGCGUCCUGGAGAGCGGGGUGAACGUGAGCGUGUCUCAGAUGAGCGCCACGGUGAAUGGCAGGACUCGACGAUUUGCCGAUAUCACCCUCCAGCAGGGGGCGCUGUGUCUGUGCGUGCGCUACGGUGGGAGUGAGGAGGAGGAGAGGGCACGUGUGAAGGAGGAGGCGAGGAAGAGAGCGGUGGAGGGGGCGUGGGAGCGGGAGAGGAAGAGGUUGGAUUCAGGGGACGUGGGGAGCAGGGCGUGGAGCGAGGCAGAGAAGCAGCAGCUGCUGUCUGCAGGACUGGUUCCGGGUUACGACGGCUACUACUCCCUGCCUAUAGAGCAGCAGCCGGAGCUGUCCGACUGCCCUGCCAACAUCCACUUUAUGACACUAAGCGAGGUGGGGGGCAGGUAACAGAGACACGUGAGCAGCCCCCCACCCCACCAAAGACUGCCUGUUUCUACUCUACUCUGAUUUGUUCUAAUGUUUCUAUACCGUAUCAAAAAAAAAGGAAGAAGACGACGACAAAGAAGAACAAGAAGAGAGAUCGGGGGAAAAAAUUGUUUCCAAAUGCCUUUAAUUGUGACAAAAUGAUGGUAUUUUAUUAUUAUCGUCCAGUUCUCCAAUUUCUAACAGUGGCACAAGCAGUGUGGUUUGGCUGUGGCUUUGCUUUUUGUAUCCGGGACUGACCGACUGACCGACUGACCAACUCACUGACGGACCGACGGACUGACUGUCUGUCAUCUUGCUGUUUCAACACUGUUCAUCGUUUCUUGGACUCUGAUUCACUGAACUGUAGAGAUGAAGACUUUUUAGGAUUUGCCAGUGAACAAUCCUUUUCAUGACUCCAAAUCAAGAGCUCUCCGGUUGCCAUUUGAGUUCCCACAUGGUUUACCUCGGAUAUACUAUCGUUUACAUAUUGUGUAAGAGAGGCCUUGUCAACUCUGACACUCCCCUUUAGAGAAGGGAAACCUCUCCCGGUUUUCCUGCCUCUGGUGUGCUCCAACAGUAGUUUGUAUGAGUGUGUAUACUAAAAAUCAAGAAUGUACAUAGCCAGUGCUUUCACACGGAAAAAAGUGCUCAACUGGAAAUUCUGUUGUUCAUAAGUAAGUGUCAGUAUUGUUAAUCAAUAGAAAAACAGUUACAUUUUUGCAAAGAAUUAUACAUGGCUAUAGUAAAUAUUCUCGCUGAAAAAUCUGACUUUAUUGGGUUACAAUGCUGAUUAAAGUUAUUAUGUGUGAAUUACCAGAUUGCAUCCUGGGAUUUCUCGCAGCAUUGUUGCUUAUUAUCUCUUCCUCUGGCUGGCGGUUCCUCUUGCCUCCUCGCCACACAUUCGUUGUGCGCUCUUUGUUCUCUUUUCUGGGACUUUGUAACUUUCAAAUCUGUGCUGUCAUUAUCACCCAUCAUUACAGCUCACACCGAGAUAUGCAUGAGAAACCUGCGUCUGCCGGAUGAAGAAGCAGA